ACUCUGCUCUCGGUGUGCCAUACAACAUAAUGCUCCGUGUUUUAGGGAAACCCAAAAAGGAUCUUCAACAACGCGAUAGAUGGCGGUAGUGUAGUUGUUUUUAAAGUAAUACACCUGGGGGGGGGGCGCGGGGUAAUCAUACCUACCCACUGAAAUACAAUUACUGCAAGCACAACAUUUGUACCAGUUUCUUGGGUAUACUACAGGCUCGAGGCAGUCUCUGGUAGUGAUUGGAAACAUCUGGAUAAAGUAAGUAUUUGUUUUUCUGUUUCAGAAAUGCAGUCCCAGAUAAAACACAACUUCCACCAGGACAAUGAGGCAAACAUCAACAAGUUGGUGAACAUCAAGCUUACUGCAUCAUAUACCUUUCUCUCCCUGGGGAUGUAUUUCGACAGUGAUGAUGUGGCUCUGCCUGGAUUCUCACGGUUCUUCUUGGAGUGCUCUUCGAAGGAAAGGGAACAGGCAGGGAAACUGCUGGAAUACCAGAAUAUGAGGGGUGGAAAAGUUCUGCUUCAGAAUAUUGCUAAACCCAGCAGGGAGGACUGGAAAGGGGGCCUGGAUGCCAUGGCCUUCUCCCUGGAGUAUCAAAAAACCCUCAACACAUCCCUCCUUGAGGUUCACAGUGUUGCCAAUACUCAUACUGACCCCCAUCUGUGUGACUUCUUGGAGCAACACUUCCUGUCUGACAGCCAUGACACCCUCAAAAAGCUGGGUGACCAUCUUAGCAGCCUGACUCGCAUAUCUAGUUCCAAGACCCAUGGCUGCAUGGGAGAAUACCUGUUUGACAAACACACACUGUAACAUCCACAACAGAGCACCACUUUAACACAAGGAUUGGAGAUUUGUGCUGGGCAUAUUUCCCUUUUUAACUGCAUGUCCCCCCCCGUUACAAGUAGCAUUUAAUAGGGGCUUACCAACAGAUCUACAUACUUUUACAGUCCAAAAAAGAACAAUGCCAGAGAGAACUGUUUACUACUUCUGGUGUGGAAAAUAACUUAAUUACUGAAAAACCACAAUUAACUCUUGUUUGUCACCAAGAAUAAGAAUUCUGGCAACAUGUACUUCAAUAGGUAUCCAACAAAUAUUUCUGAAUCUGUGCUGUUACACAAAUUUUAAUAAAUGUAUAAUAAGAAUAUGAACAAAUUGUGGAUAUAACAAAUUGGAACAGAAAUAACA